CUCGCUCUUCUAGCGGGUGCGAGGGUUUGCCAGCUCGAGGGAGGGCGUCGGGCCCCUGAGCAUGAACCGAGGGCUUUGGUGACCCCCCUGGGGGGCUCCGACCCCGGUGCGCCCGCCCGAUCCAGAAAGACGGGGCAACAGUCCCGAGGGUUCGGGGAAGGACGCUGCUGCCCGCCCGGUGACGGCGGGGACGAUCCGGCCGGCUCGUGUCCAGCGGCCUCCAUCGGGUUCUCCUCUGGGAGUCGGACGUGCAAGGACUACCGUUCCCAGAAUGCCGCCGGCGCGAUCCUACCUACCUGUGGAAUUGCACAAAAAGGGGAGGGAGGGCGAGAGGGAGGCAGGCAGGCAGGGAGGGGAAAAACCUGUUCCCAGGCAGGCAGAGGCGUGAGUCUCUCGGGCUGCGGCGGCUGGGAAGGGAAGCCCAUGAAGAGCCCCGACGGCGCCCGGAGCCCCUCGGGAGACGCGGCGCCCAGGAGGAGCCGCUGAGCCUCGUCCCGACCAGGGUCCCUUCAGCACUCGGGGUGCUCGUGGCAGACGGCGUUGGAGCCCAAAGCACCAGUUGGCGCCAUGGCGAGCGAGGACACCACCAGCAUGCAGGACUUCUUAGAUUUCAAUUUCCAGUCUCUGGCCUCGCGGCACAUGGACCUGGAGCAGCUGGAGGUGGACACGGCGGCCGCCAAAGUGGAUUUGCUGUCCAAGCAGCUGGAGUCCCUCUGGACAGACAGUGCUGGGCUGUCGUCGUCAUCCAAGGGCAAGGACAUCUACAGCGUCAGUCCCGCUCCAGAGCCCAUGGCCAGGAUGAGCCCCGUCUCCACCUCCCCGCUGCACACGCUCCCCCGGAAGAGCGCUUCCUGGGAGGCCUCCUCGUACUCCUUCAGCGAAAGCUCCCCGGGAUCCCUGCACAGCGCUGGGCUCAGUUCCUCCCCAAGCCAGUGA